AUGGCGGCGUCGAUGCCGGUGAAGAAAGCUCCGACUGUUAGUUGGACAGAGAAGUUCCUUGGAAUUUACGGCUGCACCAAACGAGCCCUUUACUUGGUUUGGGUCACCAGUCGAUGGCUCACCUUCAGCCUGGCUCUGCUGACGCUGCUGAUGGGCGCCUUACCCGGUCUGCGUGCGGCGACCACGAAACGCGUCAUCGAUGCGGUGGUGGCGGGGAUGAACACAGGCAGCGGCCACGCCGCCGUGGCGUGGCUCCUGGUGGAGGCCGCCAUCGUGGUGACGCAGGCGGCGGCGCGGCGCGGCUUCGAAGUGGCCGAGAGCUUCCUGGGGACGUUGCUGGGAAACCGUGUGAAUGUCAUGAUCUUGCAAAAGGCCUUAGAUUUGCAGCUCACCGACUUCGAAGAUUCGACCUUGUACGACAAGCUGACGCGUGCUCGUCGUGAGGCGAGUCAGAGACCUCUGAGUUUGGCCAAACAGUCACUGAGUUUGCUGCGAAACUCCUUGGCACUGCUGGGCUACGGAGCCCUGCUGCUGGGCUUCUCGCCCAUGGCCGUGGCGGUGCUGGUCAUCACCGCCAUUCCGCCCUUCAUCGCGGGCGUGAAGUUCGCCGGCGACGCCUUUCAGCUGGCGCGAAGGCAAACCUCCGGAUUUCGGGAGCAGAUCUACCUGGAACGGGUCAUGGCCAUGGACGCGCCCGCCAAAGAGGUGAAGCUUUUUGGGUUGGGCCCGUGGCUUCUGAAACGUUACCGCGGCAUCUUUGAUUCCUUCUUCAAGGACACCUCCAAUCUGGCCCUGCGCCAGGGCUCCUACGGUUUCCUCCUGGAACUCAUCAGCACCUCCGGGCUCUACGCGGCCUUCGCCUGGGUGGCGCUGGCGGCGGUGAGGCAACAGAUCAGCCUGGGAGAUAUGACCAUGUAUUUGUUGAUCUUCCAAGAGGGUCAACAGGCCUUCUCCUCCAUCCUUCGCGCCAUCGGCGGAAUGUACGCGGACAACUUGUACCUGUCGAAUCUCUACGAAUUCCUGGACUACAAGGUGCAGUCCACAGGCGGCACCGCCACCAGCGGCCCCAGCCCGGGGGACGGCCUGCGCUUCGAGGAGGUCUGGUUCCGCUACCCCGGCGCCACGGAGGACACGAUCAAGGGCGUGACUUUCCACAUUCCACCGGGCACGCGCUUCGCGCUGGUGGGCAACAAUGGUGCUGGAAAGACCACCUUGAUCAAGCUGCUCACUGGAUUGUACCAGCCCAACAAGGGCAGGAUUUUGCUGGAUGGACGGGAUCUCAGAGAAUGGGACCCUCAAACGUUGAAGUCGCGCUGCGGUGCCAUCUUUCAAGACUUCGUGCGUUACGAGUUGACGGUGGGAGAGAACGUCGGAGUGGGCGACAUCGACGCCAUCGAGGAGGAGCCGCGGCUGCAACGUGCCGCGGAGAAGGGCAUGGCGGCGCCCUUCAUCGAUGAGUGGCCGCAGAAGUAUCGCACACAGCUGGGAAAUCUCUUCAUGCGGGGCCGUGAACUGAGUGGUGGGCAGUGGCAGAAGGUCGCCCUGAGCCGCGCGCUGAUGCGGGAUAACGCGGAUCUGCUCAUCCUGGAUGAGCCCACUGCGGCCAUGGAUGCAGAGGCCGAGGCCCAGAUCUUCGAACGCCUGGCGUCGUUGACCGCGGAGCAGUCUGCGCUGCUCAUCAGUCAUCGCUUCUCCACCGUGCGCAUGGCGGACCAGAUCGCCGUGCUGAAUGAUGGCGUGAUUUCGGAAUACGGCAGCCAUCAGGAGCUGUUGGCUUUAGAAGGCACCUACUCACGACUCUUCAACUUACAGGCAAAGGGCUAUCAGCGCAAAUUGAUUUUCUUGGAUAGCAUCGAAGGACCAGUAGCGAUGGAUAGUGUGAAGAUGGUGAAUGUGACAAGGAUGUUGUUGAAAAAACAACGAUCAGCGAAUCUGACCUCCGUCGGCAACGUGGGCCCUCUGGAACUGCUGACCUUCGAGGAUUUGAGCUUCGUGAAACCGGAAGAGCUAAAUGAGACGAGGAACUCUUGGAUAGGUAAGGAGAUGCUAGUGGAAGUCAGUGAGAGGAGUGACGCUCGAAUGUCCUAUACCUCCUGGACGGAGUAUGGCCCCGAAGAUCAAUUGGCUUCACCCAAUCGAAGCUGUCACGAAAGGUCAAAGCAGGAGGUCGAGAGGUUCAUGCAGCUCUCAUUGGCUAGACCUGCACGAUUGCGCCAAUGGAUCAAGCAGAAGCGAAGCGAAGGCGGCAACGCACGCCCGCAGAGUUGCUUCAAUGCGAUGCUGGAGUUGGAGCAGUGCGGCCCAGCUGCCAGCUACGAUCCCUUCGAACCUGUGAAAUUUGAGGCUCUUGGGCAAGCAGAGGAGUCUUUACAGGCUUCCUUGGCUCCCCUGAUAGAGUUUGUGGCCAACGCCUCGGUCGAGGAAGCGCUGGAUGCGGCGCUGCUGAGAUCCCUUUGGGGCAACCAGGCGGACUUGUCGCUCAGUGCAGGCGAAGUGUCCUCCGUGAAGGGCGGCCAGCUGGAGAACCUGGUCUCCGAUCGCCGCGGCGUCGCAGUGGAACUCUUGAAAGACGCGAAGGAUGUGAUUCUGGUCUUGGAUAACCAUGGCCUGGAAGUCCUCUGCGACCUGGUUUUGGUGGACGCCAUCCUACGCCGCAACACGAGCGCCACCGUGACGCUGCACGUGAAGGAUGCCCCCGUCUUCGUGUCGGACGUCACGGAGAAGGACGUCCCCGAAGUCCUGUCCUGGCUCCAGCCCCGAUUACCGGAGCUGGCCGAACGGCUGACGCAGAACCAGGCGGAGGGCCGUUUGAAGGUGAAGUCCCACGAUUUCUACACCGGCGGGCGCGCCUUCUGGGAGCUGCCCAAGGAUCUCCAGGAGGACUAUGCGGAGGCGGUGGUGGUCUUGAAGGGUGAUGCGAACUAUCGCCGGCUGCUGGGUGACCUGCACUGGCCCUACAGCACUGACUUCGAUGACUUCGCGCGCAGCUGGUGGAAGGGCGCCGGAUUGAUCUGUUUGAGGACCAUGAAGAGCGGUGUCGCCUUGGACAUCAGCGAGGCAGAGCAGAGCAGGGUGAAAGCCUUGCACCCGGAGGAUUGGCUCACAUCUGGCACCUAUGGACAAGUUCUCGCCUUCAAGCGCUGA